AUGGUAUCUCACCAAAAUGACUGGAAUGGCGUAAAAGAAGAGGACGGCGGACAUGAAGGAACUCCACGAGCUUGUUCAAUCAGUUCAGGCGACUUUGAUGAGCUUGCGGAUGUCGAUGAUGUGAAGAAAGAACUGGAAGUAAAAGAAGGGAGCGAAGAAAAAUCCCAAAUUGAAUUGAACGACGACGGCGUUGUUAAUGCUUCUCCUGUUCGAUCAGCCGAUUCUCCAAGUGCUAUGGAUCUACGUAAAGAUAAUCUAACUCGCAGUGCUCAGAAACAAGCUCAUUUGAUCAAUGCCAUAUUGCAAGAGAUGUCUCUCGAGGAUCAAGAAUAUUUCCUAGAAGAAAUGGACAAAUUUGUGUGGAGACAAAAAGUGGUCACUAAUCCCUCAGCUUUAUCGCCGAAAAACGAUGUUGGUGAUGUUGUAUCAAAGCCGACUAAAAAGGAUAUCAACAACGCGAGCCAACUAACAGAAAAAUUGGUCGAAAAAAGCGCUUCAACGCACUCCAACGUUGAUGUUCUGAGUAAAACGCCAACUCCAAGCAACAUUAACAUGGAAAAAUAUCAUACGCCUACGAUGGCACAAAUGAUUCAAGAGAAAAAAACCGAAGAUCAGCCCACGAACUCAAAUCAGUUAGUGGGUGCAACGAAACAGAAAGCUUCCCAAAGAAAAAGUGGGCUGGAUCAAAACAUUUCCGAUGAGUACUCUGGCGGUAUUCCACAGAGUCAAGAAUUCCUCACGCAAGUACUGGAAGGUGAAUCCAAGUCGACUGAAGCCUGUUCUCCCGUAAACUCUACAAGCAAAGAUUUGUCCAAAACAGUUGCUCUCUCUCAACAAACUGUUGAGCAUGAUGUCAAGAGCAACAACAUCCUUGCUGACAACAAACCAUUGGCAGAUGAUGCUGUGAAGGUUUUGACGAAUCAAGCAAAAACUCAGAGUUCUGGUCGAGAGUUUUCUGUCGCGAAUGAUCCUUGGAAAACUGCUGGUCGUCGUCUCAAAUCUCCCCCAUUACCAGUGACCUCGAAUUCCGAUGGGCCUUAUGGACAAACAGAAAAGAUAGCUCAUCCAAAACAUUUGAGCCAAAACAAGCCAUCUUUGUCUACUAAAACAGCGUCUCAAAUGUCUGAGAAAGUCGCUGAACCCAUCAAGGUUCAACAGGUUCAACAGCCUCACAAAACUUUGGAUACACUAUCCAUUAAUGAAACGAGAACCUGGAUUACACAGCUGAUUGAUCCACUUCUGAAUAUCAGUUCGGUGAUACAGGAGAACAUUCGCCAGCUCGACAUUCAAAAGGAGCAGCUAGAGAAAUCUGAAAGCAUUGUGGAGUUGCGCCAGCUAGUCACAAUUCGUAUCACUACGUUGGAGAACAUCAAGCUGGAAAACCCGUACAUCGUUUGCUCGAGUCCGAAAUGUGUUGGCUAUGAGACGAUCAACGGGACAGUGGCCCCGAUUUAUCGACAAGUUUGCCAUAAAGAGUAUCCAUCUGUACACGCGGAAAAUGAGGCCGAGCUAGCAUUGCAUGCCGCUUUCAAAACUGAAAACCUGUGCAAAAAGUGUGGUUGUGGCGCAGAAGCUCAUCAACGAAUCAUCUAUCAACAAAAACUCAAAGUGGUGCCGGUUGACAACCCACAAAAAUUCCUUGAAAAUGAGACAAACGCGAGCAAAUUGAAGAAACGAUUGGUUGAGAAAGUGGACGCGCUCAGAUAUGCCUAUAACAAAGAGCUCGAUUAUACGUUGUUCGGAAUGGCAAGAUUUUCUUUGUUUCUCACUAGAAAUGCAAUUACAAUGAGUGCAAAGGCGAAUAUUUUCAAACAAAGGCUUGAAAAGUUGCUCGAUAUCGAGCUUGCGAAAGUGUCUCGGGUGCGUGACGCUGACAGGACCAGAUACAACCAACUGAUUCAACUGCUCCAUGUCUAUUUGACGAUGUAUGAAAAACAGCAGAAAACGAUCCAACACACUUCAAUUGAAGAGUUGCAAAACAUUCGACAAAAACUGUUCACCAUGAGCCAUUUCGGCUCAAAAAUUGGGGAGGUUUUCGCCAUAAACGUCGACGUUGAUCAUCAGAAUUUUGCUGCCGAAGUCGUUCCUUGCAAUAAAUCGAUGAGACAUCAAAUCAUCGAGAUGGAUCCCCAAUCGCCUCCUCCGAGCUAUGAGGAAUGUAUGAACUCUCGACCACACACUCCACAGUCACACACCUAUGGAAGUGGUGGACAUCAAGCCAUUCCGAUGUUUCAAGCGAGUCCAAAUCUUAGUUGUCACAACCCACGUGCCGUCAGUUCAACUCCUCGAGUGUAUCGUCACGGGGAACAAGUGAUCCCAAUAAUGGUUCCCGAACCACCCGGCACAGAACAAGAUCUUCAAGUUCGUCGAGAAAAAGAUAUGUUUGUCGGCAUUUUGAAAUGUUUCUUCUACAUUACAUUUUGCAUAAUCGUCGCCGUCGCCUUUAUAUUUCUCAAGCUAUGGCGACAAUAUUGUAAAUUGAGGAUGGAAGCACUUGUGGAGGUAUCAGCGCUAUUGUCGUUUGGAUGGAGACUAUGUUGGAUGCUUGACCGAGAAACGUCGAAAGGAACUUGUAAAGUCACCCGUUUGGUUCACUUCUUGACUCAUGCACAAGAUUCAAUCUGCUAUACGGGUGUGCUCGUUGUGGUCGUCGGAAACAUCGCAUUGAAGGCCAUGGUU